UCUAUCUCGUAAAGUAGAGAAAAAAAAAUUCGAGAGCGAACAGAAUAAGGGCGAAACUUUUCACCAAAUUCUUCGAUUUUACUCAGAGAAAUUAAGAAAGAUGGAGGAGAAGUCAUGGUUUGGAUUCUGUCCGUCGAGCUCCUGGAUUAAUAUGUCUGUCACAAAAUUUUGGGAAAGUCGACGGAAUCAUGAGAGAGAUCAGAAUCUGCAGCUUAGAACCUUGGGACUUGUCCUGAAGCAGUUGCGGUUGGGGAAACAAUAAGCGCUUUGAAGUUUGCGGAGAGAGUGGCCACAGUUGAGCUCGGUGCUGCCCGAGUGUGCAAUGAUACGUCAGAUGUUAAGGAACUCAAGGAACAUGACUUUUUUUUUUUUUGCUUUAACUGACUCUCUUGUUCUUGCCUGAUAGUAGAUUAAAGCAGCACUUGCUAGAAAAGAAGCAGGUUGACAACAGAACACUAUCAUAACAACUCCUGGUGGCUCUGAGAAACACAAAGCCAGAACUGGUGAAGUAGAGAUUCAUAACAAAGAAAUCAGAAAGCUGUGAAGUGGAGGAGAUUACAGUGAACUCACCACCUUGGCCACCGGUAGCAAGUCCAGGCCAAACCUACAGAGAGGAAGACCCAAGUUUCGGGUCAAUCGAGUGGGUUGAUAAGGAAAUGGUGAAUAACAGGCAAGACGAGAUGAGAAGAGUGGAGAGUCUGUGGGGAGGAGGAACAACAGACAAUGGGAUAAGUAUUCUGCCGGAAGACUUUUACAGGAGAGACGUCUCUUCAGACAGUUCAAGAAUAUUCUCUGAGCAUUCGUACAACAUCUUCAUGGGAAACAACAAUAGCACAGACGAUGUAGAUUCAACCACGAGUGAAUCUAGUCUCUAAUUUAUCAAAGGUUAAAUCUUUGCUUCUGUCACUCUUUUCUUGGGGUCUGUCAAACAUCAAUCUGUCUGAAUCUAAUAUCUUGUUUCACUAACAUUUUGUUUUGUGAGCUCGUGGGCGUAUACUUGUCCUCAUUGUUGGUGGACUGGCUCAACAUAUUUCUCUCAUACAUGUGGCCCUACCUCGAUAAGGCUGUUUGCGAGAUUAUCCGGAGCUCCGCACAAGCCAUAUUUGCAGGUUACAUUGGCACUUUCUGUAUAGAAUCCAUUGAGUUCGAGAAACUGAGUCUUCCACCCACAGUUCAUGACGUUGCUGUGGAACGAGAAGUUGAGGGAGAUCUCUUACUUGGUGACAUGGUGCAGGAAAGAAGAAUCUUGACUUGUUAUUAUGUCUCAGGGCUUAGGUCUUCGUGCAGGAGUUAUAGACGGAGCCAUCAAUAAGACUUAUUUUUAUGUCAGUUUUGGGAGUUUACUCUUGUAAUACUUUUCGUUUUGUUUCUUUGAACUUGUUAGGUUGUGCUCUUGGAUGUUGAGUACUUUGUAUGUUUAUGCUUUUGAAUGUUAAAGUUGGUAUGUGUUAGAAAA